AUGGCGUCGCGCUUCCAAGCCUUCUUGAACCACCCGGCGGGACCAAAGACAAUCCAUUUCUGGGCACCCACAUUCAAGUGGGGAAUCAGCAUCGCCAACAUCGCCGACCUCCAGAGACCCCCGGAGCAGGUGUCAUACCCCCAGCAGACUGCCAUUGCAGCUACAGGCGUAAUUUGGUCACGCUACAGCACACAGAUCAUCCCUGUGAACUACAACCUUCUGUCGGUAAAUAUGUUCAUGGCCGUAACUGGGCUGUACCAGCUUAGCAGGAAGAUAAGGGCAGAUUAUUUCGAGGCCGAGGCUGAUGCACUUCCCAGUGGCCAGUCUUAG